AUGGCCGAUUCACGACGGGUAUUGUUGAUCUCGUAUCCGCGAUCAGCGUCGAACCUCUUGGUUCGGAUGCUAGGCCUGGACGACCAGCCUGAUGUUUCUCGAAAUCAGAGCCGCGGCUACCAUCUAAAAGAGAUGGCUCUCCUCUCACUCGAAGGAAAUCUAUGGGACAAACCACUUGGCCAGUGGGGUGACAACGAGCAGCGCCUUCGACAAGCCGCCCUCGACGGGUUCGACGCAUUGGAGAAGACCCGGGCUGCCGGUGACUCCCAAGGGAAGAUUACUUUUAUCAAAGAACAUGCUACGUUUUUGACAGACCCCAACGUCAUAAGCGACUUCAUUUUUGGACAAGCAAAUGCAAAGGGAAAGCGAUGGCGUAUCGACGAGACCGGCUCUGAGAACAUGAAGGCACCAGACGGGUACUCGCCGUUGAACGACACGAUGUUCUCCGACGCAUAUCUCCGGCAAUGGACGCUUGCCUUUAUCGUGAGGCACCCGGCCCUGGCAUUCCCAUCGCUCUAUAGGAUUCGUUUGAACGAUAUGCCAGACAAUGAGUUCCCGAAGGGGGCAGCAAACCACCUGCUCGUGUACAUGACAAUCAGGUGGAGUCGAAGACUAUACGAUCUCGCGACAGAGCUCAAUGAGAGGAACAGAAAUGGCGCGGCUUCGGAAAAUGGCAUCUCCUCACGACCGUUGGUUCUUGACGCCGAUGAUGUGAUAGCCAACCCUCAGGUUGUCGAGACGUUUGCUGCUCUACUCGGACUGGAUCCUGAUCGGGUUCGGUCUAGUUGGGCCCCGAUCACGCAAGAGCAGAAGGAAAGGCUGUCGGCCAGGGGACAGAUCAUGCUGUCGACACUGAACGCUUCAAACGGCAUCAUACCAGACAAGUCGGCCGCUAGCAUCAGCAUCACUGCCGAGGCAAAGAAGUGGGUGGAGGAGUUUGGACUCGCGCGGGCUCAGCAGCUCGAGAAAUGGGUGCGAGACGCGAUGCCUGAUUACGAAUAUUUGAAGGAGAGGCGGUUGCGCUUGUAA